AUGGUUGAGCCACAUCAAAUUACAGAUGGUCUCUUAAGUCAAAUUACAGAUGGUCUCUUAAGUCAAAUUACAGAUGGUCUCUUAAGUCAAAUUACAGAUGGUCUCUUAAGUCAAAUUACAGAUGGUCUCUUAAGUCAAAUUACAGAUGGUCUCUUGGGUCAAAUUACAGAUGGUCUCUUAAGUCAAAUUACAGAUGGUCUCUUAAGUCAAAUUACAGAUGGUCUCUUAAGUCAAAUUACAGAUGGUCUCUUAAGUCAAAUUACAGAUGGUCUCUUAAGUCAAAUUACAGAUGGUCUCUUAAGUCAAAUUACAGAUGGUCUCUUAAGUCAAAUUACAGAUGGUCUCUUGGGUCAAAUUACAGAUGGUCUCUUAAGUCAAAUUACAGAUGGUCUCUUAAGUCAAAUUACAGAUGGUCUCUUAAGUCAAAUUACAGAUGGUCUCUUAAGUCAAAUUACAGAUGGUCUCUUAAGUCAAAUUACAGAUGGUCUCUUAAGUCAAAUUACAGAUGGUCUCUUAAGUCAAAUUACAGAUGGUCUCUUAAGUCAAAUUACAGAUGGUCUCUUAAGUCAAAUUACAGAUGGUCUCUUGGGUCAAAUUACAGAUGGUCUCUUAAGUCAAAUUACAGAUGGUCUCUUAAGUCAAAUUACAGAUGGUCUCUUAAGUCAAAUUACAGAUGGUCUCUUAAGUCAAAUUACAGAUGGUCUCUUAAGUCAAAUUACAGAUGGUCUCAGAUCCCAAAGUUGA